CUUCCCAUCUUCCCCUUCGGCCCCGGCGCGCCGAGGAGCAAGGUCGCGGAGGGGAGCGCGCGGGGUGUUGCCGUUCCUGCCGUCUCGGGGCUCGCGGCUCUCGCAGGACCUUCAGCGGCGCUAUGUUGGGACAGAGCAUCCGGAGGUUCACGACCUCUGUGGUCCGUAGGAGCCACUAUGAGGAGGGCCCCGGGAAGAAUUUGCCAUUUUCAGUGGAAAACAAGUGGAGGCUACUACUUAUGAUGACUUUGUAUUUUGGAUCUGGAUUUGCUGCACCUUUUUUUAUAGUAAGACACCAACUGCUUAAGAAAUAAGGAUGUUUUAAUUGAUCCACUAAACAGAUGUGAAAAGGAACAUUCUAAGAGGUGCAGUCUCUGAAAAAUGGAUCAAACUCUUGAAUUCAACAUACUCAACAUGUUUGUAAAUAAACUUAUGGCAUGAAUCUUUAAUGCCUCUUCGCUGAAACAUGGAAUGUAAUGAUUGUGCUUUUUUAUUUGGGAAAUAUUUAGGAUUAGUUUGUUUGGUCAGAAUAUGUGUGUGAUUGUGCCUGUUUCUUGUUUUUAGAUUUGAGGUUUUUGAUUUUUGAUUACUAGGUCAAGACCUUGUUGGUAAUCUAUGUUAUUAAAAAGGCAAACUUUGUUGUCACAUAGUAAUCUUUUAGUUGAAAAAGAAGUGUACUUUUAUUUGCCUUUACUAAAUAAGCAGUAAAAUUGGUUUUCUUCAUGAGUGACAUUUAGUCAUGAGGAAAAGCACUAGUGUAUACAGAGUGAAGCCCCAAGAGUUCUCCAGACCUGUGAUCUAAAACUAAAAUUUUCCUGUGAUAAAUUUGCUAUUGACCAAUACUAGUCGUUUUUAGACUAAGUAAAAGUAGAAUACUUGAAAUGUAAUAGCUUGUAAAACCAUAUGGAAAUAUUCCAAGUUUAUUCUGGAAUUUUAGUAGAAAUGGACUAAAAGAUGGCUCUGAUUAGUAAUUUAUAUCAGUAAAUCAAAUUUAUGUUGAUAGUGAAAUGCUGCUAGCUACAUAAAAUGUAGUGACUUAGUUCCUAGGGCUUUGUAUUGGGGCAGGAAAACAGUUCUUCAAUGUUUAAUCCUCGUUUAGUCACUUUUGGAAUACCACACUGAUGUUAGAAAAAUGCCGUAAAGCAGAGAUUGUAAACUGGUGCUCCAUUUGAGCUCUAGACUUUUUGGUUGAAUAGGGGUGCUGUACUUUUUAAACCAUUAUUUAAAAACGAGAAUAGUUAGAAGAAAGUCUCUUUGGGUUCUUGAAAAAUUGCUGAGUGGUUCUACAUCCUUUCAUAGAACAAAACCGCUGCCUAAAUCAGUCCUGACAACAUUAGAUUAUCUGUGUACCCCUAAUGUUGAACUACUCAUUUGGUGGAACCUUAAAAAACUUUAUGGUUUGACUGGGCCUAUCAUCACGAUCUCCAAUAAUCCUGCAAUAGUUACUUAAAUAUGGAUAUAAUUAAAUCUUUAUGACUGCCUAACUUA